GAUUUAAGGCCAGCCUGGGCUACACAGACUGUCUCAAAAAAAAAAAAAAAAGGAACUAGUUAGGCAGCUCAGUGCGAACGUGCUGGGUUCAAUCCCCGGAAUCAAAAGGAAAAACAACAAAAAGCAGUCCGGGAUCCGAGGCUGAGGGGCACAUGUCAAUCUCGGGACCCCGCCUACCGCAGAGCCCCGCCUCUGGCCCAGAACCCGCCCCUGGCCUGGAAGGCCCGCUACAAAUCUGGGCCACGCCCUCUACUCCCCCAACACACCCCAGUGCGUGCACAUGCGCGGACUCUGGCUGUCCCCAGGAGGGCUGAGGCCACGCCCCCGCCGUCUCCGCCCCGCCCCUUCUCCCAGCAGUUCCAGCUCAGGCCCUGGGGGCAGCUCUGCCCAGGGCUCGCAACGGUGCCGGCCCGCUCGGCCAGCGGGACUCCACUCUUCCCUGCCGCGCCCGCCGGGCAGCUGGGCAGCCGCGCACUUUCCCGGCUCCCUCUUCCCUGGCCAGGGUCAGGGUCCUGGUCCUCGACCCAACGCUGACAUGGACCGCGUGGGGCGCCCGGUCAUCAUCCCUCGCCCCUGGGGGACCCAGUCCCAAGCUCCCCUCAGUCCCGCGAGUGGCUGCGAGCUCCAGCAGGUUUCGUUAUGUACUCCAGACUAGCCUGGGACUUGCAGCAGUCCUGCUGCCUCAGCCUCCCACGUGCUGGAAUUCCAGGGAGGCCACCACACAGGGC